AUGUCUCACGAUCCGCGUGUUCUUCUGCAAAAGGCCGAUAAAGCCCUCUCCAGCGCCGGCGGUGGCUGGAGUCUAUUCGGCGGACGUCAAGAAAAAUACGAAAAUGCUAUCGAUCUCUAUAAGGAGGCUGGAAAUGCCUUCCGGGCCCAGGAUAUGGAUAAAGAAGCGGGUAUGGCCUACGAAAAGGCAGCUUCGAUCGAGGAGAACAAGCCUAUUGAAGAACCCCUCGACGCUGCCAACACUCUCCAAGAUGCCUUCAAGGCCUACGGCAAGAGCAGCCCCGAGGAUGCUGCUCGAGUGCUCAACAAGGCUAUCAACUUUUACCUGCUAAAGAACCCCCGCCGCGCUGCUACACAACUGCAAGCUCUCGCCAAGCACUACGAAGAGCUUAUGGGAGAUGAACGCCAGGCAAUGGAGGCAUACCAGAAGGCCGCGAAGCUGUUCGAAAAAGACAAUGCUCAAGCACUUGCGAACAAGAACUGGCAGAAGGUUGGAGAAUUGGGAGCGCUCGCAGCCGAUUACCAAAAUGCCAUCGAUGCUUUCAUCAGAGUUGCCUCCGAUCCAAACGGACCCUACCCAGGCCAUUAUACACAGGGCUUCUUCAACGCCAUUCUCUGCAUGUUUGCUGAAAUGGACCUACCCGGUGUGCGCAAUGCCCUGGAAAAAUACCAGGACCCCAAUAAGUACCCUCACUUUGUUGGCUCCAACGAGUACAAGUUCCUCUCCUACAUGUACGACAUUCUCUCCACCCCCACACAAGACCAAGCGAAGCAGUUCCACGGUUUGGUAGAUGGUGCUCAGGGCCGUGGCUCUAAGGAAACCCGCUCUCAGUUCGCUAUCAUGCUAGCCCCAUUCAACGACUGGAGACAGAUUAUGAUCACUCGGGUCUACAGAAAGAUCCCCGAAUCUGGCAGUGUUCCUGGAGUAGAUGCGUCUGCGGCCGAUGAUUUGGAGGACGACUUCUCCUAG